CACCACACGAUGUUUGAUCUACCAAAUGCUAAGCGCGUCCGCCGCGAUGAGAUGCGUUCUUCAGCAUCAUCCCGAUCACCAUCACCAGCACCAGAUGACGCCGCCGCCCAGGAUGCAUACGCCCGACUAGGAAAGCUACUCAAUCUCGAUCAAUUGGAUACUACACAAGAGACAACUAGCCAAGACAAUGGUCCCUCACAGCCUGCGGAUAACGAAGACGAGGAACAAGAAUUCGAGUUCCGCCUAUUCAGCGCCCCCGCCAAAUCAACGGAAGAUACCACCAAGCAAUCAGGAAAAGAUACAGACGAGAAAAGCACAGAGGCCCCUACUACACAAAAAUUGAGGAUUCGGCUGCAUUCACCUACACCGGGGUCUGGAGCUGGCACCGAGGGCCGAUUUGUGAAAGCCUCCCGCGGGUGGGAUUAUUACUUCUCUACACCUUCUCUCCAGGGCACAAGGAGCGGAGAACCUACCGCCGAAGAUGAGAGCCGGACAGCGGAAAGGAAGAAACAAUUUGAGGAUAUGGCCAUUAGCGGGCAGCAAAUGCUGACAUGGGCCAACACGCUAGUCUGGCCCGGCUGCCAUCUCCCCUGGCGAGUUAUCCAUCUCAAGCGACAUCAGACAAAAUUACCACGACCAGCCAACAGUCUUCCCGUCUACUUGGUAGAGGGUGCACCUGUCUCGAAGAGUCCACUUACACGCAAGAAGCCAGGCAAGAAGCGACGAGUCCAGCUGCGCAAGCGGGUUGCGGCCGCACAGGCUGCCAAGGAAAAUGAAGCGGAGAAGCGGACUCGGAAGAACCGCGACAGGAAACUCAAGCGCAGACAAAAAGCGAGGGAGCAGAAGGCUGCGGCGGCGGGUAUCAGCGUUGAAGAUGUCGUCAUGGCUGAUGGUGAUGAUCAUUCCUCGGGCGGGGAAGAAUGAAACUAUCUAGCAUCAGGAUAGAUUCUUAAUGUGAUACCCGUGGGAGUGUUGUUUCCCCUUUGCCGUUAGCAACCAUAGCAUAAUACAUCCGUUUAGUGUCGCGAAAGGAUUCUGGAAUGGAUGAGUAGAGCUUUGCAUGAUAUUGAGCGGUCUGAUCGAGGUCGAUAUGUAAGGGGAAAAAAAGCAUGCAAAGCAUCACUUCGUGAAACUGAUUAAUAUACAACGCUGAGGGUAUGAAACGAAACAGGGAGCGGGAAGAAAGCACUCUCAA